CGUCCGCGUUCGCGGCAGCAUCAGGUUUUCUUCCUACUUGGCAGGCAAAGCUGUGCGUUUAUCCAUUAGUUGACGGUUGUUUUUAUUAAUCAUCGAUUUUUUAGCAUUUCAAAUACAAUUGGAAGGAAUAAUCAGCCAAGUUAUGGAUCUGUGACAAAAGAUUUAACUCGUAAAGUUGCAUUUUUCAGCGAAUCCAUCUCAGAACUAUAAACAAGAAGCCUUAAAAAAAGAUGAUCACGUCCUGAACUUUGGAAAAACUUUGUACGAAGAACCAGAAUAAAAGUUUGGAUCAGUUGCGCGAACCAAUUAAAACUAUAACAAUAUCAUCGUGCCAACGAGUGACAUGAAUUAAUCGCCGUUGAAUAAUACGCCGAUAUAAAUGUCCUACUACAUCAUCCCCCGAACGAUAUAGUAAUUGGAUAAAAAUUAAUCGAACGAUAUGUCGAACGCGAGCGAGACAACGACGACGACGAAACCGACGACCAUCGUGAUGCCCGUCAUCAUUCAAGUACCCGCGGAACAACAACAAUCGGGUCAGCAGCAGCAGCAGCCGGCGGUGCAGAUCAAUCAGCGGAUGCUGCGCUCGCCCAGCCACGAGAGCGUCACUACGGACCUGUCGCUGUUCAGCUGCUCGUCCGUGGCCGGCAGCGAUCGAGGAGGAGGAGGAGGAAACAAAACGGUCGGCUCGUUCAAGUCCUACAGCGACAUGCACCUGUCGGAUCGCGGCCCGUCGCCCAAUCCCGACUCGAGAUUGCGCGUCUUUAGCAAUAGGCCAGCCGACAUCCUCGAGAAUCUGUGGUUCGAGGAGGAGACCGACCUGAUCCGCAGCUUCGGCGCCCUGUCCACGGCCCUGGGCCUGCAGAAGAGCUUCAGCACCUCGGACCUGACUCAGCUGGCCGCGAGUCCGCGCGACACCCUGCUCUCCUGUCGCAACGGGUGCAGCCAGUUGCGCUCGACCGUGUCCUCGUACGAUCUCGAUCUGUCCUCGUGCCGGGGCCGUAUGCUCCUGGAGCAGGUGCGCUUCGAUCGGGCCUCGCGCUCCUGCAGCACUUGGGUCGCCGUGGGCGACGUCGUCUCCAAUUCUCAGCUGCCCUCGCCCUACGGCGGCGCCUCGUGCGCUCUGCCCUCGAUCAAUAAUAACGCCAAUGCCGAUCGAGUCGAGCAACGGCAACGGCAUCGUGAGCCGUCGGCGAUGCCGUUCACCGCCGCGGAUCUCAUCAGAUCGGUCAACAAGAAGAUCCGACAGAACUACAUCAAGAGAAGGCUGUUGACGACCUACCGCGCCCUGGAGCGGCUCUCCCAGAGCGAGUUCAACCUCGACAAGCUCGAGGUGACGGUGCCGGCCUCGGCCUCGGGCUGCACUCGUAAACGACCCGAGAGCAUGGACUGCGGCCGCAAAGCGUCCGGCGCAGCCUCGGCCCUCGGCCUACCGCCGAAGAUCGGCAGCAACGUGGCGCUUCCGGGGUUGGGAGGAGGCCGCGAGCACGAGCAAGCCCUCACCGUCAAGGACAUCGAGCGCGAGCGAGGCCGACAGCUGUCCAAGUACGAGAGGAACAUGCUGAUCUUCAACUGGCUUCAUACGCUCGACGACGGCAGCGGCGGAGGUAACAACGACAUGGGCGAAACCGCGGCGGUCGUCUCGACGGUCGCCUCCUGCGUCCAGGCCAAUGCCAAUAUCGCUACGGCUACUACGGCCCAUUAAAUAUCAGCUAAACUUUGAACUGGACGAAAUAUUUCAACUGCUUUCAUCGAUCGCCGAACAACGCUUAUAUAUUUUCGUAAUUGCCAAUUUUGUGCAGGGCUCUGUGUGUGUGUGUGUGUGGGUGUACUUCGCCCGUCGAGAGGAGAUUACAAAUUUACAAUUUACCCCUGCGAUGAUCAAUAAUUUUUAGCUGCAUGCGUUAAAUUGCGAGAGCUCAAAGCUCCACGCGUAAUGUAAAUAUUUACAUAAUAAUACGACGUUUGUAUAUAUAAUAUACCGAUAGGUCCGUGCCUUUUUGAAUUAUUUUAGAAUCUAUUCGAGUUGCAACGAUAUGCGAGAGGAAAAUCGUAAAUCGUUGACUUUUUCGCAUAUUAUUUGUUAACACACACACUUACGGAUACGAUUGAAACUAACCUCAUGUUGUUCAAAGCGGACGUGCCAUGAAUGUGAAUAAGAAAAUAUAUUUAAUCGGCUCGUGGUUUUCCGCGUGAUUCCGAAUCAUGUUAAUUACGAUUUUUUUCUCAGUUAUGGAAUUUCUAUUUGAUACUUUUUACCGAGAAACUUUUUUCACUUAAAAUUUUGAUUUUACUUUUUGACGUAAGGUGGUUUGACGUUGCGGUAAAUUUACAGGUUACUUUUCGAAUGUUGAAAUAAUUUAGUCAACGAAAUACUCAUUUCGAUAUAUUAUUUUUUAUUAUCAAUAAGAGACAUAUUUAAUUAAGAUUUUCUAAAGAACGAUAAUUUAUUUUUUAACAUAAAAUGCAUCUAUAAGGAUCCCUGAAUUUUGAAAUUUUAGAAAAAUAAUUUAGGAUAGGUUGCGAAUAAUAAAGUCAGUAGACGUUACGAUGAAAGAAAUAUGACUUAUGUGGAGUAAUAAAGUACAAGUUCUAUUGUUAGAAACGAGACAAGGCUCGAAAAAUCUAUGUGUAGCUAUUUUAACAAUUGCAUCGAUGAAUUUACGCGAUGAGUGUAGCGAGCCAAAGAUUAAUGAAUUUAUCAAUUACAGUAUUAUUUGUUCAACGUUUUUGCUUGAAUUAAAUAUAGACGUAAAACUGCUACCAAAGAGCGCACAUAUUCCUCGACGAUAUUAAUAUACAAAUAAUUAAAAUGAAUGUACAUGUUAGUGGGGUAAAGUUAGCGAUGGAACCGAAUGCAUUUGCAAAAGUCUUAUUAAUAAAUGUUGUUAAAGUCAUUGUUCACUUUAUUUAGAAAUACUUUUUAGCUGGUAGAUAAGUAAAUUUAUAGUGCUCAAAUUUGAACUGAAUUCUUUACGCAAUACUUUACAUACGUUGAAAAGUUUUAAUAAAAAAAAAACCGUCACGCCUAUCAAAUAGGUAGAACAAUACGAAAAAACUUUUUCAAACAUUGAUUAAAAAAAAUUAUCCUUUCCAAAAAAAAAGAAGGAAAAAAAUUAAUUUUUGUAUGUUGAAUAUAAAAUAAAAUGUUUUAAUUGUUGAAUACGCCCGUUUUAUAAUUGGGAAGUUGUAAGAUACUGUAAACAAUAUUACAAUAAUGUUAAUUAUGCUAUACAUACACAAUAAAUAAUAUUAUAUAUAUUUACAUAGAAUUUACAGCUUUCCAAGAAAUUCGAAGCCACAGAUGAGUAUUUUGAAUGCGCAAAUUGUUAAUUAGUGUUUGGCAUUAUGUAUAUCGAUUUAUGUAUGCCAAUUUUACGUAAAUAUUGUAUAAUCCCAACAUAUCGAUGCCAAAUACGAAAUUAUUAUUGCUUUUUUUCUAUCACUAUAUUUAUGGAGUACUGUUAACAAUGCUAUGAAUAAAGAAUAUAUACUUUGUGAACAAAAAAACUCAAAAUGAAAAUAAAAAUG